AUGACAAUUGCACAGCAUGACAACAAUGCAACAUGCAGACGCAACAUGCAGACGAGGGUUUUGGACUCCGCAUGGACGAACGCCAGCGAGGAACCUGCGUUAAGUUAUCAGCGUGUUUUUAUUGCGCUGAUUGUAACUAUAUCCCCAGGAACCGUAACUACGAACCUAGAAAUUCAUUUAAUCCAGUUGCGUCGAAGCGAGAGCCGCGUCGCCCCCGUGACAGAAACCACGAGCGGCGACGCCCCCGUCACAGAAACCACUAGCCGCGUCUCCCCCGUCACAGAAACCACGACCCGCGUCACCCCUGUGACAGAAACCACGACCCGCGUCGCCCCCGUGACAGAAACCACGACCCGCGUCGCCCCCGUGACAGAAACCACGACCCGCGUCGCCCCCGUCACAGAAACCACGACCCGCGUCGCCCCCGUCACAGAAACCAUGACCCGCGUCUCCGAACAACGAAGGUGGCGCAGAAGAGUCCCCUCGCCGACCAGCGAUUCGCAACGGACGCGUGAAUGA